CAUAUUUACACAUGUGUAUGUGUGAAAGCAAGGGAGCAAGCAAUGUCACUGUAUUCAUUAUACACAUACACAACUGCUAUGCGUACUAACAAUCCGAGAGCGAUCGUGUUCUGUACAGACGUGUGUGUAUUGACGACCACUGGGUAAUUUGAGAAGUUGAAUGUGGUUAAAAUAACUGUUCAAUUCUGUUGUAAAUCUGAGUGCGUGUGAAAUAGGCUUGUACAGACGUGAUGGAAUAAUAAUAUUGACGAAUAAAUCAGUUUUUGUGUUUUGUUUUAUUUUUCUAUAAAAAAAUUAAUCAGUCGAAAUUCAGUGGAAAUCAUGGCAAAAUCGUUGAGUGAAUCACAAAUGACAAUUUUCCAAAAGGUCAUCGCCAGUUUGACGAAGCCAUGUGAAAAUGGCAAAACAUUUUUGGUGCAAGGAGCCGCUGGAAGCGGUAAAACAUUUCUGUUGAAUUAUAUCAGAUCGCAUUGCGAUAAAAAUGACAUCAAAGCGAUUGCAUUUGCCUACACCGGUAUUGCAUCAUGCUUGCUGAGCAAGGGAAAAACGGUUCAUUCACAAUUUCGCAUACCGUGGAAUCAAAAAAAUGUCACGUCAGCACUUGAAUCGACGCGUCCGGCAUAUCAAACCAUAAAAAAUGCUUCAAUACUGCUAUGGGAUCAGGCAGCAUUCUGUAGUAAAUACAUCUUCGAAGAGGUUGACCGUUUUCUGCGUGCUAUGAUGGAUUCAAAUCAAUUGUUUGGUGGCAAGGUGGUCGUUAUGUGCGGUGAUUUUAAUGAGUGUUUGCCGAUUGUCAAACACGCAAAGUCCAAAUCAUCUGAAUCACAUUCAUUGUUGUUUUCCGAAUUGUACAAACAAAUGCACAAGUUUAUACUGCAUGAAAAUUUUCGAUUCAAACAACAAACCGACUAUCGUUUCUGCUUGGAUGUUGGUUUGGGCAUUCAUGAACAUAUUUCCAUUCCGAGUCAAUGCCGAGUUUUCAAUUUGGAUUCAUUGAUCAACACUACAUACGGAUUGCACACAACCAAUGAUCUGAUUGAGCGAUCGAUUCUCACUGUAUACAGCGUUGAUGUGGACUAUUUGAACCAUGAAUGUAUGAAGCGACUAAGUGAGACAAGCGUACUUUUCCACGCAAAAAAUUAUUUUCAAAAAAUUGAUCCCGAAAAACGCAGCCGAUUCUAUUCCAUCGAUUAUACGAUUGAAAACCUGCCUCAAUAUUUUCCAUCGGAUGUUCUAGAGCUGAACAAAAAUUGUCCGAUAAUGCUGAAACAAUCGUACAAGGGUUUGGCACCAGGUACUCGUUUGGUGAUUAAGAAACUCACCAGAAUGUCAAUUGUUGCGGAAAUCAGUGCUGGUGAUCGCAAAGGAAAGUCAAUCAAUAUCUACAGAAUAAACACUGUAAAACUUUUCCCGAACGCAAAUUUGCAGUUUGUACGACGUCAGUUUCCAGUUUCAUUGUGCUAUGCCAUGACUAUCAAUAAGGCACUUGGAUUGGAGUUCAAACAAUUGGGUGUGUAUUUCCCAAGCGACGCUUUUGCACACGGCCAAAUGUAUGUAACAUUUUCUCGCACCCCAACCAUUGAGCAAAAUAUGAAAAUUUUGGUCUUGGAACCAAGUGAUUUCGACCGGAUGCCAAACAUUGUAAACGCCAAUGUGGCCGAACAACUACCACAAAUUCAACCAUAAAAUUCUAUAUAUUAAGUAGUUUUUAUUUCUAUGUGAGCACUAAACAUGUGCAAAGCAAAUGUAUUGACAUUUAUUUUGUUUAUUUUUCUUUUAUUUUCAACUUAAACCUCGUUCUCAAAUCAAACAAGAGAAAAAACAACUUGAUAAUCAAGAAAUUACCUUUUAAUGAUAGUAGAUAAGUUUUUAUACGUCAAGUCCAUAGAUUUAUGAAUCUAAAGAAACUAUCAUCGAUUUA